ACCAUUGCGGUUUAUUUCAUUGAUUAGACAAAUCCUGGAGGAGGAUGAAGAGGAAGAACAAAGAUCGGAUGGAGAAAGUUCAAUCGAUGAACAGACGAGAAUUGAUUUUCUUGGCAAUGAACCUGAUGAUGACAUCGAUGCUGAUUUAUUUUAUACUAUACGAAGAGACAGUUUUAAUGAUCACAUUGAAGAGCGGGAGUAUUUGGAUGAAAGGGCUGAACCGCAAGUUAUGCAGAUUGACCGCGACUAUGAAUAUGUUCUUAUAAAAGAGGGCCAGCAGCAAGCCACUACUGAACAUAUUAACUUCUUUAAGUACGAAUUUCAGCCUGAAUAUAUCAGAGAUAAAGAUCCAACUCAACCAAGCUAUGGGGUCAAACUGAACAAUAUCAAUUUCUCGACAAUUGAAAGUUCAGACCCUUCUACUUUAGUUCAAAAUGCUCCAGCGGAAAAGUUUUACAAUGCAUUGAAUUUGAAAUAUUUAGGUAUAAAGAAACUAUACACGGUUGAAAUUAUGUCCAAAUACAAGAAUAACUUAACAUCAAUAAUCAAAGAUGGCCAUACUGGUUAUGAAUAUCUUGUAGCUGGCUCAAAUUCUGAGUUGGUUAUAUUUCAGUUCGAUCAUGUUAGUCAAUUGCCCGAUAAACGUGCAGUUAUACUAUUUGAUACCAAACCUUCAUACACGUCAAGUACCGAUAGAUUAAUAUCAACAUGGCCAUAUUUUCCUCAUAGUUUAAAUUUCAUCAAGACUUUUGACAAUUUUAAUGGGAAACAAAUUCUAAGUGCAUGUUCUGAUGACGGAACCUUGCUAAUAUGGUAUACCGAUACAAUUAUUGCAUAUAUCAACAAAUUCAAAGAUGUGAAAUCGGUUGAUUUGGAUGAUACAUAUCGAGAUGAGAACCGAUUCCAUGGGCUAAAAGUUAAACCUGAUUUCAAGAUAAAAAUGGAGGCAAGUCUUUGGGGAUUGGAUUUUAUAAAUUAUAAAGAUGAGCAAGGGGAAUCUCAUAAUUUAAUUGUUGCCUCGGAUAAUUCUCAAAGUAUUGGUUUGUUUUAUUAUCAUGCACAAGAUGAAAGGCUUUACCAUGUCAAGAGUCAUCAUAUUUUGCAUAAUAUACCAGAGGUAUCAUUUGUCGAUGUGAAAUUUGAUGGUACAACCCAUAUAGUUGAUGUAGCGUGCGCCCUGAUAUCAGGUGAACUAAUUGUUUUCGAAUUUAUGUUUAAACUUUGUCAUGGACCCCUUGACCAGGACGAAUUUGAAUAUUUCAAGAAUGAGCAGUUAUAUUAUGUUGACUCAAAGAUGGAGCAAUUGGAGAAUAGAAACGGGAUUGAUCCGGAUAGUUUACAAUUUCAACACCUAAAGUCGAAACGGUUUAAUCGAAUUAUAUGGUCGACUCCAACAGUUAUUUCCAGGUGUGUGCUAAAUGAAGAUUGUUGGACUAUUAAACCAGUGGACAAGAAAUGGUUUUUGCCCGUUGUUUCAUUUGCUGCUGUAUUUGGUGACGAAUCGAUUAAUGAACACCAACAAAACAACAACAUACUGCAUGAAUCGAAGCUAUUGGGAACAUCUUACGAUGGUACAUUAUCUAGUAAUUUAGGCAUCGCAUCCAACUUUCAAUUCUUUGAAAGUAAAGUGGCCAGUCUUGCACCCAAGCCACCACAUGAUGUUUCAGUUGAUUCGGUUAAGCUAACAUUGAUUGACGAUGAAUAUCGAAGAAUUCAUAAAGAAUAUGUCUCCAAGCAACCACCUAAUAAGUUCCUUGUAAUUUCCACCAGUAAGAAAUUAGGAAUGUUGCAUUACCCUUCGCUAUAUUGUAAUUGUGCAACUAGGAGAAUAUUCGACUUGCCCAUUCCAUUUCAUGAACGGAGUAAAUUCUCCAAUCGAAUUUCAAUCACGGAGGUUAUUCCUAAGUUGCUGUGUUUGAUAGCUGUUUCUCAGCAAGGAUUAGUCACUAUUAUGAGGUUAUGUUGUCAUAAUGGAGUUUAUGGUAUGAGACAAGAAUAUUUAUUUCCUAAUGCAUUAAGUCUUGCAUUGGGGUAUCAUGGAUAUAGAACAAUUACGGGGUUGGCUAUCAGAGAUAAAUCUUUGGGAAGCACCCCUAGAUUUUUAAUUUAUUUAAGCUAUAGUGAUGGGAUUAUUGUUGGGUAUCAAUUGACUUUGAAUGAUAUUGAUGAUAUUGACAUAGAGGUUAUAUAAAUAGUGAUAAAUAUGGGAACUUUUAAUAAUUAUAUUAUAGAAUUUUGGUA